AUGACUGUUAGAAACGAUCCCCCUCAGGAAUUGAGGAUUUCUGCUGAUGAAUUUCGUACACAAAUACCACCUGAAUUACUAGAUAAUCAGAGAACAAAAGGAAAAGCUCCUGUGAGUCAAGGAUUUGCGUACAGAUUAUGGCACUUGCUUAAGUGGGCAAGUAAUGACCCAAUGAGGAUGAAUAAUCUGGGUGCUAGAUGGACAAGUCCAAAUGAGUUUGCACUUGAUAAAUCUAGAUAUGCUGAAGUAAUUAAAUCACAACCUAACACAAUCAACUUCAAGCUACGCUCUUGCAAAUUCAACCAGAGUCAACCUAGAACAUCAACAUAUACUUUUUGGAAAUGUGAAGGUUUCACAGCACAGUCAACGGAAAACGACUUGAUUGCAAUUGACAAUAAGAGGGAUUCAAGCGAAGCAUCGCCCCAAUUUACGGAUGAAGCAUUGCAUAUACCUCUACUUGAGACAGUUCGCAUUUAUCCUCCAAUCCCAGAGAACAAUAACCGCUUUAAGAACGAAGCAAUUUUCCUAUGGGAGGAAAUAGUUCCAAACCACUGCAUCUGGGCUUACAGCUUGACACAGUUUAUAGAAGCGGCCACAAUGAAGUUCUGUGCCAGUUAUUCAAAAUCAUCGUCUGGAGAAACUUUUACUUAUGACGCUCAACAGACACAAUUCUCGCAGUACUUAAAGAAUUACAAUUUAGACCUACACGAUACUGCUAGAAAAAUGCUUACUUAUGUAUUAACCCAUAAAAAUACGUAUUGCAUUACAAUUCCAGAAUUCUGCACUUUCUUCGCGCGUUUCGGACCCGACGAUAGUGUACUGGAAAAGAUACACCAACUUUUAUGCUGCUCUAAAGCGUAUAAUGAUUGGUUCAAGCCAGUUGAACAGACAUUUGACCUUCACAAGCCAAUUACAGGGUGUUAUUCGAAUACAUUUGCAAACUGCUUCAUAAUCAAGCGUUCACAAGGAAUAACCUUUCAUGUUUACAAUCAACCUUUCUUCCAAGGUCCGGUUGGCUUCUUAUUUGAUGAGUCAGAUAAGAACUUUAAUACAUGGCAUGCUGUUUUCGAGAUGAUGAGCUGCCAACAGAUCCAAUAUCAGGCAAAUCCAGCUGAUAUGGAUAUUUCCGUUUUCAAUUACCAGAAUAUUGUAUAG